AGGUACACAUCCGAGUUUUAUGUUUAUUAUUUUAGAAGAUUCAAAUACUUUUAUUUAAUUUUAAAUAACGCACAGUAAAUCCAAUUUACAAUGUGCAGAUUAACAGAUGUAAUAAUUGUAUAUAGGUACUAUUAUAUGAUGUACACACGAGAUAAUUAAACUAGCGUGGCAAUAACUUAGAUAAGCUUAUACGAUCGUUAUCGACUUAUCCACUUAUCGUCAUCUAUAUUCCAAUGGUCGUACCAAUUUGUCUUUACAUACUUGCAUUUGUUAGUCCAUGCUAGUACGAUAUUGUGUGUGUUUACUGUUUUUUUAUUUUAUAAUAAUGGAGUUCAAUAAGAGUGAAAAAGGCAAAGAUAAAUUAAUUUAUAACGACUAUAUGUAUACUUUUGAAAAAUUUGGAAACGAAGAAAAGUCAAUAUGGAAAUGUGACCAAUAUAAAAAAAUGAAAUGUAAAGGCCGUAUUCAUUCUCUUAAUAAUGAAAUACUUAAAGAAAUACAACAUAAUCAUGUACAAGAUUGUGGAAAUAUUGAAGCUGCCAAAGCCGUUAAUUUGAUUAAAAAUAUGGCUACGCAAAAUGUGGAUUUAAGUACUCGCGCUGUAAUUAGCUCAGCUUCGACUUCUGUAAGUUAAUAUUAAAUAAUUCUUUCUCAGUAUUUAUUGUAUAUUUUAACUAAG